AUGCUCACCUUUCGCCGGGCCCUGGUGGUCGCCGCGGUCCUCCUCACACUCUUCCUCCUCUUGCGGAGUAAUCACCCCUCUCGCAUCGCCGUCGCCGCCAAACGGAAAUCCCCCAAACCCACCGGCACCUACCACGAUAACAAAGUCCUCCUCGACAGCCUCAAGGAGGAGCUCUCCAAGAUAUCCCCCGAUAAGCCCACCACCUCCACGUCAGAUUGGCACGGCGACAGCAACGACAGGAUUGCCUUGGUCAAGAAGCCCAUACCGCAAAUCCCCCUGUCAGACUUGAAGGCGCAGCCCUUACGCAAGCAAUUGGCUUACGCGUUCCCCUACGACCCUGCCAGCAGGUUUCCCGCCUACGUCUGGCAAACGUGGAAGUCCACGCCAGCGUCUGCCGACUUUGGCGAGGACUUUAGAGCGUCAGAGGCAUCGUGGACCGCGCUACACCCCAACUUUGUCCACGAGGUCGUCACAGACGCCGUGGCCGUCCACCUCAUCCGCCACUUCUAUGCCAGCAUCCCCGAGAUUGUGCAAGCUUACGAGGCCCUGCCUGAGCCGGUGCUCAAAGCGGACUUCUUCCGCUACCUUAUCCUGCUGGCAAGAGGAGGCAUCUACUCCGACAUCGACACCACCGCGCUCAAGUCUGCGGUCGACUGGAUACCGCCAGAAGUCCCGCGGCACACGUAUGGCUUGGUGGUCGGCAUCGAGGCGGAUCCCGACCGGCCCGAUUGGAAGGAUUGGUACUCGCGCCGCAUCCAGUUCUGCCAAUGGACCAUUCAAGCAAAGCCCGGUCACCCCGUGCUCGUGGAGAUCGUGGCGGCGAUUGCGGAGGAGACGCUGCGCAUGAAGGCGGCCGACGAGCUCGACAAGAAGCACAUGAAGAGCGUCGUCGAGUUCACCGGGCCCGCCAUCUGGACGGACAUGAUCUUCCGCUACUUCAACAACCCGGAGUACUUUGACAUGAGCACGAGCAAGGGCAACAUUUCCUGGGAGCGCUUCACGGGCAUCACGACGAUGAAGAAGGUCGGCGAUGUCAUUGUGCUGCCCAUCACCAGCUUUUCGCCCGGCGUGGGACAGAUGGGUGCUAUGGAUGAGGAUGAUCCGAUGGCCUUUGUCAAGCAUGCGUUCGAGGGUACAUGGAAGCCCGAGAGCGAGAGGCACAUUGGCAGUGACGGCUAG